AUGUUUUUGACGCGAAACACAUUACUGGCUAAGUGUAGCGAUCAGUCUUUUUUAGUAAUGGCUUCGCAGUUUUCGAUCGCUAUUCUGACGUGCAGUUUGUUGGCGAUCAUCGCCGGGGGACUCGAAUUAUUCAGUAAAACUGAAAGAUCACUUAACCUUCAAAAGCUUGAAAACUGUAGGGGGACACACUAUCCUAUGCAAUGGAAUGAUGCUAAGGUCACUUGGGACAAAGCUUCAAAACAAAAAGUGCUCGGUCUCACCCUGGUGGUCAAGGAAGAAAUUUCGACGGGUUUUUGGAUGACGUUUUCGUUUUUAAAAUGUGACACAUCUGGCAACCCUGACAGUUGUGAGUACAUGUUGAAGGACCAAAGAAUUGAAAAUAUAUGCAAAUACCUCCCAAUGAAAGAUCAGAGCUGGAGUGACUUUCUGAAUUGCUUUGACAAACCUUUUUUAUGUCCAAUGAAACCGGAUACUUACAAAUGCCAAAACUUAUCGGUAAACGCAAAAUCCUUGAAGAGACUUCCAAUAAAAGAUGCGGUUUGGAAACUACACAUCGGUGGACACGACAAGGGCAAGCAAAUAUCCUGUGCCGAUAUUGAAAUAAACGUGGUAACACCUCUUGGUCAAAGCGGAUAAAAAAAAUGUUAUAAAAUUUGCCAGAUAUUUUGUACAAAAAUU